ACAGCAGCUCUUUGCCAGAGACAUGGUAAAAGCACUGAAUUGUCCCAGCUGUUCAUUUAUUUACUUAAAAAAAUUCAUUCAUUUUCAUUUUAUCGCAAGAUUCUGAGAGGAUUGGUGUUUCUACUGCUACAGAAAUCUUUAUGAUUAUGUUUCUGUGUACGUUAUCAAUGCAUGCAAAUGGUCACUUCAUUUAGCCGAUUCUGAGAGAAAAUGUUAAAAGUGAGCUGAUAUUACUACAAUCAUAUUAAUAGCUGAAAACCCCAUCAAACGAGCCUAAAUGUUUAAUAAAUGAUCAUUCAAGGGAAGUGGAUCUCCAGUUCUGUAGUUACCCAACGAGGAAAUGGACUGAUUUAGUGGAAGUUUGACUGCUUUCAGUAGAAAAUCAUAUGUAAAUAUGAGUGAGACAUUAUAGUUUAAAAUAAAGUAGCUUUGAUGUACAUCUCCUCAUUAUUUGUCUCACCUGCUCUAAUGUGUUUCUGCAAGUUUCAUUUUCCAUAGUAUGAAUUUCUAUUCAUCUACACAGCAACAGAUACACACACAAACACGUACAACUUGUAGGACAACUAGGGUGUGUAAUAUAAUGUAGUUACUGUCAUGAGUUCAGUGACAAACAUGCAAUGCUGUCAUGUAAUGAAGCAGUCAGUGCCAGAGACCUAGUUUGGCUUCUACAAGGAUUGUCAGGAACAUGGUGAGAAUCCUGAAUAAUGUGUUUGAUCUGAAAGAGACCAGAUUUGGUCAGCCCCGUCCCAGACACGGUCUGAGCUUGCUGUGGUGGUUUGCUCAUGAUUGUGUUCAGAUUGACUCCGAUAGAGACUGUAUGACUGCACAGUGUGACCCUGCAAAUGGAGAAUUUGGCUUUCAUCGAUUCUAUAAUAAGGAAAGACUUCUUCCUAAAAUAAAUCUGCCAUACUAUGAGGUGGGCAACCUGAGCACCCCUGGAUCUCUGCCUCUUUAUGUCACAAGACAUUACAAUAGACAGUUGGACAGCAGCAACAAAGAUCGCAUCAUUGUUUCCUUUGACUCAAUAUGGAAAAGAUUUGAGAAGAUUUAUGUGACACAGCACUCAAAUCAGGUGCGCUUUGACCAAAAACACACUUUCUGUAUUAGCAUUGAUCUUUUGCGGAGCAUUCAAGCAUUGAGCCUAAAUGACUUCUACAGAGAACCCACCAAUGGUUCUGGACCUGUAUCCAUAAGCAAACCUAAGUCAGUGCGGACCUACACCUUUCAGAGUAGGCCUACUGGCAAUGAACUCAUGAAAAACAUUCAAGAGUCGAGUCGGAUACACUUCCACAGAGAACCCAAUGGUUCUGGACAUGUAUCUAUAAGCAGACCUCAAUCAGUACCAGACGAACCUCAGUCAGUGCAAGACAACGAGACAAACUCCUGUCAGAGUAUAUGCUGCGCUGUGCUGAUUUGCUUCAUUGUGCUAAUGCUGGUCGCUGCUGCAGUCUAUGCUUUCUUUAAAAUGAUAUAGAUUUCAUCAGCUGCUGUUUGUUAUUCUAGCUAAUUUCAAAAUUGCAUAUUGCAGUUUGUGUCUUUUGAGUCAGUUGCUUAUAUAAAUUAAAUGUAAAAUGUAUUAUGUGCAAUAAUAUACAAUGUUGAGGGUUGCACGUUUAUCACAGCAUUCUUUUAAAUGGUUCAGUGCAAUGAUGUAAAUACAUUUUAAGAUUUGGGAUUUUAGGAUUUUUUAAGAUGACCACAUCCCAAUCAUUGUCUUGAUUUAUAGUUAUUUCUGUGUGCUUAUUUUUUUGUGCUUAUUCUUUGAAAUAUACUAUUUGCAUUACUUCGUGUUGAA